UAGAGGAGUACGGAGACGCGUGACGGCCACUCGAACGACGUUAGGCUUACUCAUGGGACGACUCCGCGUUGGGAGAUCAGGCCGAGGCUUACGUUCCCAUCGGAAAGCCCCGUUCACCCUUACGCGGACGUAGCUUUAGCUAACUCUUGCUACAAACACGAGGCCUUGCUGCAUUGUCGAUGCCCCAAAUGCGUUCCCAUUUGGGCGGACGGGCGGGCGAGGUUUGCGUACCGCUGAGAUCGCGACGACUUGGGCAACCCCUCAUCUGUGGGAGGUCUUGGCAGUCUCGUGGUGGAAUGGAAUGAAAACAAAAAUGGAAGCCAACGCGUGUCCGCAGGAGUGUGCCAUUCAUUCGCGGUCGUGGAGCCCCUGGGCCCCCUGGCGGUGGUGGUGGCGGCGGAGGAGGAGGUGGUGGCCCGGGAGGGGCGCCGCGCGCCCCGCCCCCCGUGACUCCCGUGGGCACGGUGACCCCCCUAGGGGGCGGCCCCGUCCCUCUGGGUCCCGCACCUCCAGUCACGACACCCGUGGCUGCUGUCACGGCGGGUGCCCUGGGGCCCACCGAGAUGGCGGUUGCAGCGGCGGCACUACCCCAAUUCUCGUGUCCACGGCGACCCAACGUGGGCACCGAGGGGCGGCCGAUCCUGCUGCGGGCCAACCACUUCCAGAUAUCCAUGCCGCGUGGGUUCCUGCACCACUACGACGUCACCAUCACGCCCGACAAGUGCCCGCGCAAAGUCAAUCGGGAAAUAAUCGAGACGAUGGUGCAGUCCUACUCGAAGAUAUUUGGCAGCCAGAAGCCUGUGUUUGACGGUCGCAAGAACAUGUACACCCGGGACGACCUGCCCUUGGGCAAGGAGAAAGCCGAGCUGGAGGUGACCCUUCCCGGCGAGGGCAAGGACCGUGUGUUCCGGGUGGCCAUCAAGUGGGUCGCCCAGGUCAGCCUGUAUGCGCUCGAGGAAGUGCUCGAGGGACGCUCCCGCCACAUCCCCAUGGACGCCGUCCAGGCACUCGACGUGGUCAUGAGGCACCUGCCCUCCAUGACGUACACCCCCGUUGGCCGGUCGUUCUUCUCGUCGCCGGACGGCUACUUCCACCCGCUGGGUGGUGGCCGCGAGGUGUGGUUCGGCUUCCACCAGAGCGUGCGACCAAGCCAGUGGAAGAUGAUGCUCAACAUCGACGUGUCGGCGACGGCCUUCUAUAAGGCGCAGCCUGUCAUCGAGUUCAUGUGCGAGGUGCUGGAGCUGCGUGACGUCAACGAGCAGCGCAAGCCUCUCACGGACUCCCAGCGCGUCAAGUUCACCAAGGAGAUCAAGGGCCUCAAGAUUGAGAUCACCCAUUGCGGCAGCAUGCGCCGCAAGUACCGCGUCUGCAAUGUCACCCGCAGGCCUGCCCAGCUCCAGUCGUUUCCGUUGCAGUUGGAGAAUGGCCAGACAGUCGAGUGUACAGUGGCCAAGUAUUUCCUGGACAAGUACAAAAUGAAACUCAGGUACCCGCACCUUCCCUGCCUCCAGGUGGGCCAGGAGCACAAGCACACCUACCUCCCCCUCGAGGUCUGCAACAUAGUGGCUGGCCAGAGGUGCAUCAAGAAGCUCACCGACAUGCAGACAUCCACCAUGAUCAAGGCAACUGCACGGUCCGCCCCGGACCGGGAGCGCGAGAUCAACAAUCUGGUGCGCAAGGCGGACUUCAACACGGACCCGUAUGUGCAGGAGUUUGGUCUGUCCAUCAGCAACACUAUGAUGGAGGUCAGGGGCCGCAUCCUGCCUCCGCCAAAGCUGCAGUAUGGCGGCCGGACCAAGCAACAGGCGAUCCCCAACCAGGGGGUGUGGGACAUGCGGGGCAAGCAGUUCCACACAGGCGUCGAGAUCCGCAUCUGGGCCAUCGCCUGCUUUGCGCCACAGCGCACCUGCCGCGAGGACGCCCUGCGCAACUUCACCCAGCAGCUGCAGAAAAUCAGCAACGACGCGGGCAUGCCAAUCAUCGGGCAGCCCUGCUUCUGCAAGUAUGCCACGGGCCCCGACCAGGUCGAGCCCAUGUUCCGAUACCUCAAGUCCACCUUCCAGGGGCUCCAGCUUGUCGUCGUCGUGUUGCCUGGCAAGACCCCGGUCUACGCCGAGGUGAAGCGAGUUGGGGACACGGUGCUGGGCAUGGCCACGCAAUGCGUGCAGGCCAAGAACGUCAACAAGACGUCCCCACAGACUCUGUCUAACCUGUGCUUGAAGAUCAACGUCAAGCUGGGUGGCAUCAAUUCCAUCCUAGUGCCCAGCAUUCGGCCUAAGGUGUUCAACGAGCCAGUCAUCUUUCUUGGUGCCGACGUCACUCAUCCUCCCGCUGGUGACAACAAGAAGCCCUCCAUUGCUGCGGUGGUGGGCAGCAUGGAUGCGCACCCCAGCCGGUAUGCGGCCACGGUGCGGGUGCAGCAGCACCGCCAGGAGAUAAUCCAGGACCUGGCAUCCAUGGUGCGCGAGCUGCUCAUCCAGUUCUACAAGUCAACGCGGUUCAAGCCAACGCGCAUCAUCUUCUACCGAGACGGCGUCUCCGAGGGCCAGUUUGCCCAGGUGCUGCACCAUGAGCUGCUGGCGGUGCGCGAGGCGUGCCUCAAGCUCGAGCCGGACUAUAAGCCGGGCAUCACGUUCGUUGUCGUCCAAAAGCGGCACCACACGCGCCUCUUCUGCUCUGACAAGAAGGAGCAGAUUGGCAAGAGUGGUAACAUCCCCGCGGGCACCACGGUCGACCUGGGCAUCACGCACCCCACCGAGUUCGACUUCUACCUCUGCUCGCAUGCGGGCAUCCAGGGGACGAGCCGCCCGUCACACUACCACGUGCUCUGGGACGACAACCAGUUCUCGGCGGAUGAGCUGCAGUGCUUGACCUACCAGCUCUGCCACACGUAUGUGCGCUGUACCCGCUCCGUCUCCAUCCCCGCUCCGGCCUACUAUGCGCACCUGGUGGCCUUCCGCGCCCGAUACCACCUCGUCGAGAAAGAGCACGACAGUGGUGAAGGCAGCCACCAGUCGAGCAAUGGGGACGACAGGACGGUUGUGGCACUUGCCCGUGCAGUCACCAUCCACCCAGAGACCCUCAAGGUCAUGUACUUCGCCUGAGGUGGCCCCGCCUCCUUCCUUGCGGGCGGCUGACUUGCCCCGGCCGCCCAGGGCACUGUGCCGGCGCGACUCCCACUGCGUCCCGGCUGGGGGAAGAUGGGGCACCACCAGCGCUACAUCGCGAAGGUUGUGGAAGGGCCCGGCAUUGCUUGUCGAGCAGCUGCGGCUCCAGUCUCGGCGCUCCUCGGCGCGGGAAUGCCGUCCACUGCCAGGCUGAAUUAAAGAUGCUGCGCAACAUGUUAAUUGGCGACCCGACAGAUCAUCAUCGGCAACCCGACAGGUCGUCAUCAGCAACCCGACAGGUCUUCAUCGGCAACCCGAAGGGUCUGAUGGCGCAACAGGUGUGGGGCCUCUUUGCUACUGCAGGUGGACAAGAGCUGUUAACCAGAAUUUUCAGCGAAACCUCUCCCUGCAUAACCUGCAGUGAUUAUGGCCGUGUUGCAGAAAGAGGCCUAGAAAGUCCUAGCUUUUUCUUUUAAUGUCGAGGAUGUAGUUGAGUAGCUGCAAGUAUUUUUCAAGCCUGUGGGGGAACGCAGACUGGAUGCCUCUCAAUGUAUGUCGAAACGAUUCAAAGGCAGGUUUUUCCUCCCAGCUUGUCAGAGGCAUUCCACGCCAGCUUUAUUGUUACCGCUGCUGACAGCGAUGCCGCGAAGCUUCCAGUCUGUCCCCAGGUAUGCUGCUCAUGGGAAUACCAUGCGAGAAGUCUCCUCCGGGGCCCUUUCAUAUUCAAUCUCUUAUUGAUCUAUGGCAUAGUUCAUGCAUAUUGCGAUCAUUCCAUUCUUUCCUGCUAUCUGCAUGGAUGGUGGGGAGGUUGUUUCUUCUGCACAUUUUUCAAGGGGCUGACUGACAGGGCUUAACUUAUUAGCCUCGCUCAUUUCAUUUGCACCACUCGACAUCCACAGGAGCCCCCCUCGGUUCCCGUUUUUAAUCUGUCAGUCUGCAUUUGUUCUGCCAAUGCAUCGUCACCAUGACAAUGUUGGUGGAGCUCUCUCCCAACCGAGCGAAGCCUCUGCUGGGAAUCCAGGGCGCACGACUUGGUUGCUUUGUUGUGGCGACAUCUUCAUAACUUAUGUGGUGCCCGAAAAUACCAAAUAGUUGACUAUGGUAGCUCGUAUUGUUCUAGACUUGCUCCCUGCCUGCCAUUUUCUUUGUUGGUGGCGUUUUGUUUUCCCCCAUGUAUUCAACCUUUGUUCUUUAUGGUGACCGGGGCAAGUCUGGAGGUGGUGUGCGAUGGUCACACAAUCCACCCAAAAUGUGUUCCAAGCGGCGUGGGGGAUGGGGGGUACAUUAACAUUGCGAGGCUCCUUUGUUGCGGCAGACUGCCGAUUAUGGGCACUGUUCCACGAAUUGCCUGGGCAUGCUAACCAGCUUAGCGCAGCCUCCAUUGCGGUAUAUUGGAUGUUCACCCACUUGAAUGUGGGUGGGACUUAAAGAUCCUGUAAUUAUACACAUGGUUACCAUAUCUGAUGUGGUAACUGUGUUCAGACUUUUAAAAGAGGGUAACACCAGUAAGCUGCAAGAGAGGUUCAUUCAAUGGCGGUUAGUGUGACCCUUGCAACUGCCUUUAGUGUCUGCUAACUUUAGCAGCCAGGCAUUGAAGUGGCGAUAGUGCUUUGGCCCAGUGGACGCCUGGCACAGACACCGGGUACUUGCUGCUAAGGACAAUGCCAGUCGCCAGGGGGCAUGAGCUGCACUGAGGCCCUCUCCUCCUCCUCCUCCCCGCCUUUCCUUCCCCAGCCAGCCUGCGUUGCUGACUUGGAGCUGCUUGCCACUGUGGGUGUUUUGCACGGAGUGUGUGGCGCGUCAGAACAAUUGUGUAGUCGAGGGAAAACGUGGAAUUUAAGUAGCGUAUCAUCCGAAUGCAGUGCGAAUGCUAACAAAAUUAGGAAAUUACAUAAGCUAACAGUUCAUCGGGGAGCCUCUGGUCUAUUAGUGAGCCAAUGGCAAAUGUGGAUAGUUGACAGUUGGUAAAAUUAGAACAAGCUAUUUUAAAGUUUUUUUUAAUCUUGCAAGAGCAGCUAAUUCGCAUAAAUGUUCUGUGUGAUUGCAGAACGUGUUCGCUAUCCAAAUAAGUAUACCGGCAUCAAGUCCGUAGGGGAAAAGAAGGGGGCGAGGGAAAAAAAAACUUCUGGAAAAAAAAAAAGAAAAACGUAGUAGGAACAGCGUUCUCAGUGGGUUGUGAAACCCCUGAAGUAAUCUGCAAGCAACGAUUUUAAAAUGCGAUACUACAACUAAUUUGCUUUGCUCUGUGGUCUUUGUUCACAUGCUUGAUUUUAUCUGCACUUCUGCAGAUAUCAGUGUUUUAUGGUUUUUAUCUCUAAUCAGUUUCCAUUUUCUAAAAGUAAUCAUACCUGGGGCCGUUUUCACAAAUAAGCUUAUAGUCCGUGGAUGCCACCACAUGGUGGGGACUUGAAGAAGCCAAACAAAAAUAUGAGCGAUCGUUACAGCUAUAUUGUUCACUCCCAGCUGCAUGGAGGUGAGCAAUACUUCAUUCAAGCAUUUGUGAUAGGCUUGCUUUGCAUCUGUACUUGAGUUAUCAGGUUUAGAAGCGUUCUGGUGCCCCUAUGUUUAACACACAGAAAGAAAAAGAAAAAGCUGGGUAGCAGCUAUCUUGCGAUGACUGUCGACGUUAAUGCGAUUAGCAUUCAAGCAAUCUGGAGGGAACACCAGCCGUCUUGCCACUGCCGAGGUGCGUCGUGCACGAGCCGCGUGCUGCAGCCGGGCUCCUCACUCGCGCUUCCCUCUGGAAACAUUGCCCCGUCUGGUGGAGCAACCCGCAGAGUCCUUAUGCUGGCCUGCGCUGGUGGUUUGUCGGUGCGUGCUAAUGCUCGAAAUUUAUUUUGCUGCCUGCGAGCAUUCGUGGCGCAGUGCUAAAGUGUGACACAGGUUUGAAUGCUGACAAACUUUAAGGGAUAUUUUCUUCAAUUCAAGAUGUGCGUAAGGAGGAUAGAUAGGUAGAUAUAUGAAUUGCCACAGAGUGGCUGAAGUAGACUAAGAAUGCCAGUUGCAUUAAAGUUAAAGCAGCCAUAGAAAUCUGAUAGUGCACUUCAUAUCGUGCCAAUUUUUUUCUGCGAGGUACAAAGAAAUUGAAGGGUACCCACCGUCAGUCGGUGAUGAUCUUCGAUUUAAGCAACGAGUCUCGGCCGAUAGUUCGGGCCAAGUGCCUGCUUCGAAACGGGCAGCGCCAGUACUGAACCAAAGGCAAAAUUUCAAUGUAGGUACUGCCGCCUGCCCGCUCAGCAAGCACACACCCGAGGUCUGUGGGCACCACCAGGGUGGCCAGGGCUGGACGAGUGGUUCACCUUUCGUUCUAAGCACAGUGUAGUGGCACGUUGCACAGCAUGGAAUGGCAUUGUCUACUUCCGGCAUUAAAAAAGAGGCAUGCAGUAUAACCUUGCCGAACCGAUAGUACGUUUGGCUGGUCCGCACUGCUGUCUGGCUCAGAUUGCCAUAGCGUGGAGCCCGCUCUUGAUUUGAGCUCGAGAAAGUGUGGCCAGGCCCAGUGUGCAGCCGGAGCUAUGGGAAGGCUGGAAGAGGAGAUGCGCGUCUUCUGUUCUCAACAGUCAAGGCACCGUCGUGGCUGACGCUUGGUUGCACUGCCACGUCGAAGGCGAGCACUCGGAGUCGGGGUGCAGUGCUCCGAAAGUACCAGCCGAACGUUAUGAAGUAGCGUGCCCCACCAGAGUGCUUUGGAGAGCUCAAAAAUGACCAGCUGAAUGUACCAUAAGUUAAUCGAAGGGAAGUCGCAUUAGCACAAAAUUCGUUGUAUAACCAUUGCCCACCCUCACGGCCAACAUUAGACGCCAGAGUGCAGUUCCUACUGAGCAGCCCCCAGAAACAAUGUUUUGAGUGCAUGAGUUGCUAUAGGAAUUUAAAGGGGAAUAGUGAUUCCUUCUUAAUAUUCUUAUGAUCUGUUUCCCUAGGAGGUUUCACUAUAUAUAGCAUGUGACAGCUAAAGGCAGCAAGCAAACUUUUUUAUGCUGCAGAAAUCUGUGUAUGACAAAUAAGAACUAGCGGAAACUGUUAGGCACACAUAUCAUCAGAGGAAACUGCACUGAUGGCAGCACAACAAGCUAAGGCUGGCUGUUAAGGCUGGCUGAGGAUAGCUGCUAGAGACAUUAAGGGCUGUGCCAAAUGACUUGGAAGAAAUAGAAGGCCAGACUGCCUGAAUUUCACACUUAAAUCGUGGCAUAGAUGACGAGUCUGAUGUUGCAGGUUUCGUAGCAUACCUGGGCCCUGGUAAUAGUUUACACAAGUUGUUACAUUUACCUUUUCUUUUCAUAUGCAAUUUUAUCUUUUGUUGGCAGCAGCUACCUUAAAGUAGAUGCUGCUCGAAAUGUAUGACAUUGGGGCUCUUCAGUAAUGGCUCACCUUUAUGGCUUUCCCGUGCUUUGCUCAUGGUAAGACCGACUCGGUGCAAUCAAUCCUCGUUUUAGUGAAUUCAGUCUGACACGGAAACAAUCAAAGGAAAUUUUAUUACAAUGUUAGGAAAAGUUCAUACUUUCUUCAUAAGCAGAUGUACGUUGAACACUUACACUGGAGGCAAACAUUCAAAAUUUACAUUGUUAUAUCUAAAAGUUCACUUUAUCAGUGCUCAUUACAUUGAAGUUGCACUGCACUCGAGAAGUUCGAUCUGUAGGUUAGACUAGUGUUUAUCUCUUGGAGAAAUUGCAGGCACGCUGCAGCACACCUCUGCAGCGAGGCCCGCUUGGCAAGCAGCAUGUCGGGCGCAGAUGGUUUGGGGCGGGCACUAGUCACUUGGGCCGCUGAUGCACCUCCUUCUCCCUCUUCUGCAAACCCUGCCAUCAAUUUGCCCCAGGAGGCAUUUCUGUUUGCCAAAGGCACUCCUCCUGUUCACUGUGGGUAGUACUUCCUUGCUUGCUUCCACUGUGUUUUGUGUGUGUGUUAGCAAAACUUUGUCCCGAAAAUACAGAUUGUGUUGGCCCCACGCAUUUGGGUCCCACUCUGUGUUGACAAAUCUGUUUUUCGGAUCGCACUGCCACCUGUGACGCCUGUUGCGGCCGCGUGUUUAGGUUUGUUCGGACAAUGGAAUGGUGUGUUGUGUUGGGCAGGUACUGCUUCAGUUGUUGGCUGCAAGAGCGCUCGUGAAGUGAAAGGCUGCAGUGUGCCCCCAUCAAGCGGGCAAGUUAGGUGCACCCAUGGAGAGUGCACUCAGCUUUAAGUGCACUUCCCCAAAUCUAAACAGCGCAAGCGGAGUGCACUCGCAGAAACGUGCACUCGGUCGGCACGGCACACACUUUGCUGGUCGAGUGCGUAGCCUCGCCGCCAGCGGUUUCAACAGCACAAAAGGUAAUGCAUAGAAAAAGGACACAGAAGUUAAUUUUAGCUGUUUGAUAGCUUUUAACAAAAUAAUCUGACCAGAACUCGCUGAUAUUCUGUUCUGGCAGGAUCAAAUGCCGCCUCGUCGCACGCCACCAUCUUGUUCUGGAUUGGCUAGUCAUUCUCUUGGCCGGCCUUGACUUGUAACACUCUUGUGAUAAAAAUAUUUUAGUUUUUUUGUCGAGUAAAUAUAGAUUAAGAUUGUUUUUUAUGUAUAAUACAACUAAAGCAAUUGUUUUUUAGAAGGUUUCUUUAUUUUAAUCCAUCUCAAAAAACAUGAUUUUAGUCUAUCGACAUUUUUUUUGUGCAAGUGCAUUCUGUUUUCCCGCUUAGCACUGCGUAGCCUAAAGUGUCACUCAAGGUCCCGAAGUGCACUCCCCAUAAGUGCAUUAGCUUGCCUGCUUGACAGGGGUAUAAGGCUCGAUUCGCACAGCUGUCAUCCCUCCUGUCAUCGUUGUGGCACCAGUUUUCAUUGGGGGAGAACCUGUCUUCGCUGGUUUCUCCUUAAUGCCAGUGCCCUUGUGAGCAUUGGCUGUUGCAGGCAUCACUUGAAACCACCUGCCGUGGUUGCUCAGUGGCUAUGGUGUUGGGCUGCUGAGCACGAAGUCACGGGAUCGAAUCCCGGCCACGGCGGCCGCAUUUUGAUGGUGGCGAAAUGUGAAAACACCCGUGUACUUAGAUUUAGGUGCACAUUAAAGAACCCCAGGUGGUCGAAAUUUCCAGAGUCCUCUACUACGGCGUGCCUCAUAAUCAGAAAGUGGUUUUGGCACGUAAAACCUCAUAAUUUAAUGAAUCCCUUGAAACCGGUGAGGAAACACUUUCCCCAGAAGUAAACUGGUGCUAUGUCGGGACUAGUGAUGUUCGUGUGAAUUGCGAGCCUUACUGAGACACUGCCUCAUUUGUUGCUGGGAUUCAUUUGCACGUGUAAAGCCACUUCACCGAGCCAGUGUUGUGCAGAGCCUCUCAGUGGUUGGUCACAUGCAGUAUGUUAAUUGCAGUAUGCGUUGCACACGGCAGUUGGCAGCCGCUGUGACGGUGGCGUGCUGCUCUGGGCGGUCGACAGUAGCACUCGUUGCGACUUCUUCUGAAGAUGCUUGUGGGAAGAUUUGAGUCUGUCUUCUGUGUUUUUUGGCACUGACAGUGAUGCCCUUCAGGGGUGUUGCUUCUGGUCAAGUGACUUAACUGCAGUAUGUCAAGCCUGUGAACUGCACUGUUUUUUUUUUCAUACACAAAGGACGAACACAAAAGGGGGCAAGUAGUCUGCAUUCCAGACCCAUCAAAUGUUCUUGCAUUGAAAUGAAACUGCUAUCACGUCACACUUUCUCAAACAUGUCAGCUACUUGGCACACUCCAGCAAGUCGUGUUUAGGCUGUCUCCUCAGCAGUAAUCAUCUUGAUAUCGAUGUUUAUGUUAGCCACACCUUGUGCUGCAAGGAGGGCAUGCAGGCUGGUGCAGUCAUCAGUCCUUGCGUCUUGUGGAGCUGAAUGCUGUGCUGUUUUUUGUUGGUGUUGGGAAGGAUCAGACGGGGGCCAGUUCUGCAUGCAUUUUUAUUUUUUUGCUGGUCAAAGCAGUUUGUCGCUGCUUCUCUUUUCAAGAAGGGUCCUACGUGUGGCUGUUUUAGGGAAAGCCUUAGCCCAAGUUUGCCUGUGUUUAGGGGCAGUAUUCUAGAGUGAUAACUGUCGGAGAUGCUGUCCCUUUUGCGAGAUUUUGUGAGACUCUGCACCGGACGCAUUGGCAUGUACGGCUGACCCCGUUUAUAGUGCUGUGCCAAGCUUCUCGUCUUUGCACACUGCCAUCGACUGUAUACUUCAAUCGUCCUGGGCCAAAUCAAGCUCAGUCGUGCGAAAGGUGUAGCAUCUGCGAAAGUGAUUGCAGUUUAUCAAGGUGUUACGAGACUGUUCAUUCCAGUAGAGCAUUGUUUGUUUUUGGCUGUUGUUUAGGGCUCCUCUGCUCUUGCAGUUUUGGGUUUAGUGCUACUUGCAGACUUCACAUUCAGUUCAUCACUUGUGAUGAAAUGAUGUUUCGCUUUUAUGAUGCACUGUUUCAUUCAUCGCCGACAUUGUGCCCGACCACAACUACCAUCUGUUCACCUCUUCCACGCCGUCGUUCACUGUAGCCAAUGCCACCUCCCCCCGUAACUUGAGACGAGGAAUACUAAUCGUCGCAGUCCAAGAGGCAAGAGCUGUGACAACGUUGAAAUGUGAAAGUCGUCACCGCAGUCUCUCGAACGUAAUCGGAGUUUUUGUUGACAGUGUUCGCACAUCUGCACUGGUGGACACUGGAACCGCCGUAUGUUAUGAACCCUAAGCUUUCUCGCUUACUUCGGAAAAUUACGACACCCGUUUCUGGACUGUCCAUCCGCACAGCCAGUGCUCGGCAUGUUCACUCCUUGGCGGCUCCUGACUGGCCAACUUUACCUGGCACACUAUCUUAGCUCUGCUGUACGGAGGGAGCUACUGAAUGCUUGGACAUAGCAUGUUGGAAUGGGGCAGUUUAAUUGAAUAGGUAAUCCUGUGCAGUGCUGGUUGGUUGGACUCGCUGUUCUGUAUUGAAUCCUGAAAAAGAAAAUGAAAUUGGUUAUUGUGGGCUGUGCACUUCAGUGACAGUUUUGUUAAUGGGUUGCAACGUUUUGCCAACUUCUACAAAAUUAGCUUUUUAUCCCAGUCAUUUGCAGAUUUAAAUGAGUAAAGACAGCACGUGGAGUUCAGUAUGAAGGUAUUGGUCAGGUACAAUGCUCAGUGACUUGUUUUUAGGUCUGCAGUUUAAUGUACAUGCAGUCAAAACUGUAUGUUGCAAGAGCUGCUGUGUUUGCUGUCAUUUUUUUUUAGAUGGUAAAGCUAGCACAUUUGCAAGAGCUGAUUCUUUCAUGAUCUGAGCUCCUGAAAAAAACAAAUGUGGCUAGGGUAUAGGUGAAUAAUUUCUAUCAUACCUGAGAAUCUUAUGUGACCUGUCUACGGCAUCCUGGUUAUCAAAAUGGCAAACUGGGUUGGUGCGCAUUCAUUGUUAGAAAAAAUGCGAAGAGAUGAAGGCUAGAAAAGAACAACAAUGCAUGCAUUUGCCAAGAUAAGAUUGCAACCCUCAAUUAUCUGCCACUGCAUAGAGAACGCCUCGGGAAAUCCAUUUCACAAUGGUGCAAGGUCAUAGCAGUGUGGCCCACACAUUGCUGAGAUUGCAGGGCUGUCAAGGUUGGAUGAAACUUCUCUUUAAUGAAGCAAGGUAGAAAACUGGGCAAGUUGGUGGGGGUUCAUUAUCAGAAGUGCAAGAGGGGCACAUUCAAAAGGGAUUCUCUUUGAGCUCAUGGAUCAGCUAUUGCACGAAAUUGUAGAGAUAUUUUUGUUGGCGACACUAAAACAUGUGUGCCAUGCCUGCUCUGUGCAGUGGCUGAUAAUUUGGGUUUGCAAUCUUUAGUGAAACCUUUCGGUUGAUAGUAAGCGCUUCUGUGUUCUUCUUCUGCAUCUUGGUCCCUUCUUCGCGAUUUUUCCAGCAAUGAAUCCUAUUCAGUGUGCCAAAGGAGAUAUUGGGCUGCUUCUCGCCACGGCGAACACAUUUCCCAAAAAAUUGUGCCAGUUCCUCUUGCUGGGAGCACCUGUUUUACGAUUCUUAACGUUAGGGUAAAAAAUGCCAUAGAUCCUUUAAAGAAUCUGAGAGGCUUGAUCUGAUGUGUGGUUUGGCGCAAAGCCUUUUUAUUGUUGACAAUUUACGAAAUAGCAUGCCAUGAAGGGUCAUAAUAUUGAAGGUGGCAGUUGUGUUGUUUUAUCCUGUAUGGCGGCUUUUUUUUUUUUAACCUUGUUGUUUUGUGUGCUUCAUGAUAGCAAUAUCUGUUGUGAAAUUGCUUGUGUCUAAGGGGUCGUGCUUCUUGGGGACUUCCCUUGGUGGACUCUCGACACAGAUAGCCGACUACACAAUAUUUGCUCCUUAUUUACAUGCCCUUGCUAGUGAAAUGUGAAAGUAAGUCUUAUUAUAUAUAUUAUAUAUAUAUCUAUAUGGUAAUGAAAUUGUCAUGUGUCUGGGAGCUUGACAUUAGUCAUAUCAGUGAGUCUUUUAAGCAAAUUGUUUUAUUCAUUCCGUGGAAGCUUCUGUAUUAGCCGAGAGAGCAAUUUUUGAUGAUGUUGGAUAUUGAAGCCCUCCGGAACAAUGAAGUGUGAGAGCUACUAGUGGCGCGAGUCCUUGCUUUUAGUGUGGUCAUUUAUUUUAAAUGUUAUUGAAAUGGCUGCAGAGGGGAUUUUUGGUUUCUGUUCUGAUUUUACUGCGGCAUGAAAUGCCACCUUGCUGCGCAUCGGAAGUGUUUGUUCCGUGUGUGUUGUUGGUGCGAGGAUGCUUUUGUUGAAUCAACUUUUGUCUGGGCAUGUGUUGUUGUGAUUUGUGGGGCAAGCGCCAGUGGGCAGUGCACGUUUACCAUAUUUACUCGGAAAUAGGUCGAACGCAAAUGUGGGCCGAUUCUUGCACAUUGCGCUCACCAAGAAAUGUAAAAUUGUAAUUCGGUCGACACUAUAUAUAUUUAACUCGCUGAGAAAUAUGAAAUUAUAAUUUGGAAAUAGGUUGAGCCAGGUCUCUCUACAAAAACGAAAAACUUUGAACAUGUACGGACCAUUAUUUACUGCAAGUUCAGCCACCAAAUCUGGUAGUCGAUGCCACAAGCUGCAUGCACAUCGACGCUGCCAGAAAUGUCAUCCCUGCUUGACAGGCAUCCUCAGUGCCAUGGAGUGUUGGAUGUGCAACAUUUCUUGAAGCCUGGCUGGGUAAUUUCUAUGAUUGGUUUUGCGGUGAGCGCAACUUCGUCACCGUAGUACCUUGCUAGCUUUGUUCACGAUUGUAGGUCGUGAUCAUGGAUAUAAGUCGAUGGCUCAUUUUGGGUAACAUUUACGAAAGAAAAUGGUGGACCUAUGUUUGAAUAAAUAUGGUACUUUGGCUGCAGAUGGACUACUGGUGCUUGUGCAUGCUUCUUGUGAAGGAUGGUGCGGCCAGGUCAGGGAUAAUUUAGGCCAGCAGCUGAGUGGUCCCAUCUUCCCCAUUCGUUGUGCUGACCCCAAGGUUAAUUAUGCAUCAGUGAUCCAGCUAGCCCGUUUUAGUAUCAGCUGAUAUCAAUGCAACGUUUGUUGGUAUUGCAUAUGUCCCAUUUGCCUCUCCUUGGCCAGUCAUCUACCCUGUUUGCCAUGUUGAACACAAACCAAAAAGGAUGAAUUUGAGAUCCUGAUUAUAUUGCGCUUAGUGUUACACUGACGAUUUUAAGAGAAGUACAUGACGUGGACGUACGCAGCGCAAUUAAUGAACAUUCAUGAAUGUGAAUCAUGAACAUUCACCAUAGCCCGUUCAUUGCUUUACUAAAUGAAUUUGAGAACACCUCAACAAUUGGCGUGAGGGGGAGUUUUUGCCUAACCGUGCUCGGUGAAGGUUAUCAAUUUCCAAUUGAUGCGACUCGUGAUGUGCGGUUUUCAAUCGGUAGUUGUUUAGUGCACACGUGCUGAAACCUAUCGUGGGAGCCUCUUUGUUUGCAAUUGAUUAUGCUACCUUCAUGAACCUUUAAUUCAGGUUGUAUUUUCAUUCCCAUUUUGCACAAGCACCUCCAGUUCUAUCUGCAGCCUAACUUUCAGCCAGCCGAAAUCGCAGCUGCUUGGCUUCCUUCCCCACAUGGUCAAGAGAUUGGUGGAGGACUGUUGUCUUGACCUCUUGCGACAUGUGCCAUAUGCCCAGUGUAAUUACCUGCAUAUACAUUACUGUUGUAUGUGAGUGCCCAUGAAUUAACCUCAGCCAAAGGAGCAGUUGAAAAAUUGAAUGUUACUGCUUUGAGCAACUAUAAUUUCUUUUCCUUUCGUCUUAAAUACUAUUAUACAUAUGUAUAUUUCGAUGGCAUGCGGGCCUAAUGCAGCUAUCAGUGUUGACUGGUGUGUGUUCUAACCCAUGGUGUGUGCUCAGCAGCUUGGAGCAGCCCCGUAUCGAAUUGCUUGUGCACCAUCUGAGUCACCGGGUGACCUUGGCUGCUGAGAUUGGGCGAGCCCCUUUAUAUCGUUACUGUAACACUCCCCACUCUUGGCAGCCACCGUCUGUAAUCGUUGCUCCCUUUUGUCUGCCUCGAAAAGCAGUGAGUUGUUUUAGCUCGGAAUCCCUAAUAUAUUCUACGCUGAAUGCAUUGUUUUUCUCCUUCCACUUUAGUCCUUUGCAGUCAAUCGUCUGUCACCUUUUCCUUGCACAGCAUUCCCUGAAUCGUGUGUUGUGUCUGUGUGGUGGUAGCCGCAGGCGACGCCCAGUCCCAUAAGAGCCGUGCUCGUGUGCCGUUUGUUGUCUGCAAAAAAAAAAAUUGUGUUCUUGCUAGCACUGCAGACACGGCAGUAAAUAUUUCUUCGAACUAUGGAGCUAACACCUUCCUACACUUGACACGCACGUGUUACAGCUUUUGGAUUCACAAGAAGAGCUCUGCGUUGUUGGCUACACCUGUCUCGCAGUGACAAAUGCACUUGUGGUUCCGGUACAGAUUUCUGAAGCUGUUUUGUGCAACUCACUUUGAUGCAAGGUAACGUUACUGUGGUGGUAUGUGGAACUGUGUUUAUUGAGGCUGCCAGCAGCUCUAGUUACUGCUUACGUGCACGGUAAAAAACCUCUGGUGGUCGAUGCUAACCUGGAGACCCUCAUUAAGUAGUGCCUCAUAGUCAAACCUUGUUAUAAAUAAGUCUUAUUUGGCACAAAAAUAGCAUUGUUAUAUCCAAUAUUCGGUAUAUGUUUAAUUUGUUGCACGCUUACAUUAGUGACAAUUUUAGAUUUACUUCUUUAUAUUUGAAAAUUCAUUAUAUCCGUGCUCGUUAUACUGAGUUUGACUUUCAUCGUAUUGCGGUUAUAGCACGUGGCAGCCCAGAAUGUCAUUUUAAUUUUUUGAACAAAUUCGGGUUUAAUACAGCUGCAGAAGAGGUUGCCUCAAGCGCUUCUGCACUCGGCUACAUACAAUUAAGCAAGAAAUCGGCGAUCUAGUGGCAAUGCCAAACAGCCCAGCGAGCACGAUUCCUCUGGGCUUGUGACUGUGCGUCCCUUCUGCCUCGCUGUGCCACACAUUGUAGUCAUCCCUCGGGCGUGGCCGGCAUCCGCUCUGAGCGCACAAAAGCGAACAUCUUUCAGGCCCUGUACGCGUUUAUUUAUUGCAUACCGAAUAUGAUUGUGCCUGUUAUAUUGCGCGUUGUGUAUAAAGAGAUAUCCUGAG